AAACUAUGGGGCGCACAAAUGGACCCCCGUCUGCUCCAGUACAUCAACAACUACCUGUUCGGGCAGGGCGAGCAGAAGCUGCUCACAGUGGAUCUGGAGCGGUUCGCCGAACUGUUCGUGUUUUGCACCCGAGGCACAGUCGACGAAAAGGUGAAAGUCCUCCUCACCUCACUAGGCAAGUCUGAGGACGAGUCGGAGGACAUCCCGUACAACUUGGUGAAGGAAGCCUUGUUUCAGUAUGUGGAAAGCAUUGUGAGCUCUUACAUGAAGAUACAGAGAGUGAGCAAUUCGAAGCAAUACAAAAGCUGGUCGAGCCGGGGGUGCACCGCGCACACGCAAAACUCCCAAAGGCUGGCCGAGAGUCUCACUAAGGACUUGUGCGGCGAAAGCCCCCUUUCAAGGAAACUGCUAGAGUCUUGGCUGCAAGGCAGCACCAUUCUGGGGCAGCUGCUUCUCUUUGUUUUCAUGCAUCUGUACAACAUCUCCCACAAGGACAAAGCCGCAUCGAUAAUCAGUCAAGAAGGGGAUCAGGGCAGCGGGGAGAGCAACGACGGGGUGAGAGAGCGCUCAUUGGUUCCAUUCUGUAGAGGCCUGGACCUCAUCCCGUCCUACCCGAGCAUUUUGGACCUGAACCAGAUCGUGUUUAUCAACGCCAACCUGCCUCAACAGUACCAGCUGGAGUGGCGGUUUCUGUUCAGUUCCGAAAUCCAUGGAGAAUCGUUUUCCACCUUAAUCGGGCGCAUAGUGAAUCAGGGCCCUUCAGUGCUAGUGCUAGAGGAUCGCAGUGGCUACGUUUUUGGGGGCUUCGCCCCUGCCAACUGGGCACUGGGGCCCAAUUUCUUCGGCGACGACAGCAGCUUCUUGUUCACGCUGUCGCCCCGGAUGCGAGUCUACAUGUCUACCGGCUACAACCAGCACUUCCAGUACCUCAACUUGCAUCAGCAAACCUUGCCCAAUGGCUUGGCCAUGGGCGGCCAGCACAUGUUCUGCGGCUUGUGGGUUGACGCACGGUAUGGGGAAGGCCACUCGAGCGAGUCCUGCACGACUUAUGCAGCCUACCAACAGCUCUCCUGCUCUAAGGAGUUCAAGUUCAGGCACAUGGAAGUGUGGGGAUUGGGGCAGCCGCCCCCAACCCCGCAGGAGAAAGGGGAGCGUGUAACCGGAAAGGGCGGAAGCGUGUUGGACGGUAACGCCGAAAGCAAAGCAAUGCUGAAGAUGGCGGGCAAGACAAUGCACAGUGAUGGGCUGCGAGAGCCCCCCAACACGUAGGGAGGCCCACCUUUCGCAAAGAGAUGGAAACUACGUACCACUUGGUAACUGCAAAUUCCCGACACGACCAGGUCCCCUACCACUGUGACCCAUUUCAACCAAUACUCUCCAGUUGGGGCCCACUGCACUACACUACACUUUCAGCAUAGAACAAGACUUAACUAAUUGCAUAUAACAAGACUUGUAAUGACUAAUCAGGACUAAUGUCUUUAUUUAUGUAACUGACUUUCAGUUCAAGUUUUCAAAUGUUCGGCGGUAAUGUGGCAACGCCGCUGGAGGCCUGCAAGAUUUCAAAAAAGUUUUGUGAGUGCGAGAAUUCUGUUUUCAACUAUAAAGUUACUGUGGACCUUUGUAACCCCCGAAAUUUUUCUACCUGCAUUGUUGUCUUCUUUUACAUCUUGCAUCAUUCUUAAUUAUUGGACGUUUCAUAAAGGAACGCGCCGAAAGUGAUUGUUAAUAAAUCCGCUAUUCAUUUGA